AUGCUUGAGAAAUGGAGGAAUAUGAUGAUCAUGAAUCAUGUAAUGACAGACCACCCGUCUACAAAAAUGGAAGCAAUCAAAAUAGACUGUAAAAAGGACUCUUAUGCAUCUAUGCCUUAUGACUAUUUUGUCUGCACGGGAUGGUUAUUACCCUCCCUUGGCAAUAGGCCCAAGGAGACAGACGUACUUGACCAGGUCAUCGCCUGGCUUGCUCGGCGAAGUAGGGUAGCAAGGAAUUCCACCAGACCGAAGAAUGACAAUCCCUUUGUGAUCACGACCACCUUUGAUGGGGCUGGAUCCACCAUACGUAAUGCCAUCCAUAAGAUGUGGCCUAUUGUCAAGUCUGAUCCGUCGCUGACUAAGAAGUUACCCAAGAAACCUCUAAGUGAUGGUGCUGCUUCUGGUAUAACAUUCCCCUCUCACAGUAGGAGAUGGAAGCGAUAUACUAUAAACCCACUGGGCUACAAAUGGGAUCAUUUAAACCUGACAUACAGGAUUGUCCAAUUUCCCAACACUCUAAAUAGAGGUGACACAGAAAGGGCCUUAGAGAUCGCCUUCAACAUGUGGAGCAAUGUAUCCCCUCUCACCUUUCAACGUGUACUGGCCAAGGAGAAGUCUGAUCUAAGUAUUGGAUUUUACUCCUAUAAUCACAGUGAUUGUUGGGGCUCCCCUUUGCACCCCUGCUUUGACGGUCUGAAUGGAGAACUAGCUCAUGCUUUUCUGCCACCAAGAGGAGAGAUUCACUUUGAUAACCAUGAGUAUUGGAUACUUGGACCUUCGCGAUUCAGCUGGAAACAAGGUGUGUGGUACAAUGAUUUGGUCCAGGUAGCAGCACAUGAGAUUGGUCAUGCACUUGGGUUGUGGCACUCUAGGGAUGUCUCUGCACUCAUGCAUCCUAAUGCUACCCAUACACGAACACGUCACUUGGCACAGGAUGAUAUUUUGGCUAUACAGCAUCUUUACGGCUGUGCAGCUUCGAAGUCCAACUGUGGGUCACUAACAGUGAAGGAAAACUGUGGUUUACAAAGUUCUUGCGACCACAAGUGUAAUGGCUGUAAGGAGGUUCCUGAGCGAGGACCCACAUUACACAAAGUCAAAGUGAGGACGCGUUAUGCUUCUAAGGGUCAGUAUGUCACCUUCAACUGUACCCAUGUAGCAUUCAGGCCGCGCCAGAGAGUCAGUUGGUAUAAGGAUGGAUCCCGUCUUAUAUCCUCGGCAGCAAUUUGGAUGGAAAGUUUGGUUGUUUUAACUGGGAAAUCCUCAGCAAGUCUUGUUCUUCAAGCUCAAGAAAUGACCCAGGGACGUUACACAUGUGUAAUUCGCCAGGGAAGGAUGACAUUGGGAGGAAGGUCAUGGAAUCUACGCGUCAUAUAA